GAAACAGAGCAGGGGGGAAGGUCUCUUCUCCUUCCUCGGACAACGCUGCUUCAACGUACUCCCUCAGUACCUCCCUCUCUCUCUUUCUCUCUCUCCCUCUCUUUCUCUCUCUAGCCUGCACUCCAUUGCUCUGGUCCGACGAGCUCCUCCUCCGUUCCUUCUGCACCGGUUCGACAAUGGCGUGCCGCUAGAGCUCCGGCGGCCGGGCUCGAUUCCAGCUCGCUCCCCCGGUUCUCGCGUCCCUCGCGAUCCCCCUCGACUUCCGCCGCUCGCCGUCGUUUGAUGUUUCCGAUGCUUGUUUCCGUUCGUGGGGUCGAUCUCCUGUUCUCCCGCUUCGUCAUCUCGGUGCCCUUUUGCUUCCGUUUUGCUUCGGUAGACGAAGCGGGUGGAUCUCGCUUCGCUUCGCCUCGCCGCGUCUUCUGAAGAAGAAGAAGAAGAAGAUCGGGUUCUAGAUCGAGUCCUCUCCCUCUUUUGGCAACUCCCGGUUCUUCUGUGUCAAUGCGGUCUCUGUAGCUGUGUUCUUUGUUUUUUUCUCGGAGAACGUUGAUCUGGGUAUUGAGCAGAAAUGGCUUUGGCUCGGUUGGGUCGCCAGGCGAAGAAGCCGCACGGGCUGUGCGUGAAGAUGACGGCAGUGGCCGUUCUGGGGCUGUGUUUCGUAUUCAUUUGGUCCAUGUUCUCGUCGUCUUCCUCUUCCGCGACCACCCGGAGGGAGAGCUUCGACGACAUCAACGAGCCGAUAUCGGCCGAUGCGGGGGUCGUUAGUAAGUCCGGGACUCAAUCGGGGAAGAUGGAACCGGCGAAAAAGGAGGGGAGUAAAGAGGAUGGUAAGGUGAAAUCGGAGUCUAAUUUGGAAAGUAAUGACCAGAAGGCAGUGGACAGCAAAAAUUCUUUGUCUAGUGUUGUUCGUGGAUCGCAAGAACGAAAUGAAAAGCAGGUGGUUGACAAGAGGAAGGAGAAGGCUGAUUCGAAGUCGCCCAAGAAAAAGAGGAAAGAGGAAAAGGCGGUUGAUGUAUCUGGGGAUGGAGAGUUAGAGAAUGAGAAGGAUGAUCAGAAUGGAGAAGAAGAAGAAGAAGAAGAAGAAGAAGAAGAAGAAGAACCAGUGAUGGAUGGCAAGGAAGAUCAAGAAGGUGUAAAUCAAGAAGGAGAGUCCAAUGAAGAGAGAGACGCAGGUGCAGAUGUCGUUGAAUCAACGGAUCAGGAAGUUACGGAGAAAGCGGAAGAAGAGAAUGACGGGUCAAAAAGUACGGGGCAGAAGAGGAAGAUUAAGGGUCCGGUAUUUGAUCCAAAAGCACACUAUAGUUGGAAAUUAUGUAGCACGAGGAGCAAGCAUAAUUACCUUCCUUGUAUCGACAAUGAGGGUGGUUCGGGAAGGCUCCAGAUUUAUCGGCAUACGGAGAGAAGUUGCCCAAGAGCGCCUCCAGUGUGUUUGGUUCCUCUUCCUCAUGGGGGUUAUGAGACUCCAAUCAGGUGGCCAGAGAGCACAUUGAAGAUAUUCCAUAAGAAUGUGGCACAUCCAAAACUUGCUGAAUUCAUUAAGAAACACAAUUGGGUGAAUGAAUCAGGAGAGUAUCUUAUCUUUCAUACAAACCAGUCUGAAUAUAGAAAGGGUGUUCUUCACUACCUUGAAUUUAUUGAAGAGAUGGUACCAGAUAUUGAAUGGGGAAAGAACAUACGUGUUGUAUUGGACAUCGGGUGCACCGAUUCAAGCUUUGUUGCUUCUCUACUUGACAAGGACGUGAUGGUUUUAUCCCUAGGCUUGAAAGAUGACCUCGUAGAUUUAGCUCAAGUUGCCCUGGAACGUGGUUUUCCAGUAGUAGUUAGCCCUUUUGCAGCUAGAAGGCUUCCCUUUCCGAGUAUGGUUUUUGAUGCUAUACACUGUGGAAGCUGCAAUAUACCAUGGCAUCAUAAUGGGGGCAAGCUUCUACUGGAGAUGAACAGGAUUUUGAGGCCCAAUGGGUACUUUAUUUUGUCGAGUCGGCAUGAGAGUGUCGAAGAAGUAGAAGCCAUGUCCACAUUAACUGCAUCUAUCUGUUGGAAUAUACUGGCCCAUAAAACUGACGAAGACAGUGAAGUGGGUGUCAAGAUAUAUCAGAAGCCAGAGUCAAAUGAUAUAUAUGAUUUGAGAAGGAAGAAAAAUCCACCUCUAUGCAAAGAAAAUGAAAAUCCAGAUGCCGCCUGGUAUGUUCCCAUAAAAACUUGCUUGCACACCAUUCCGGCUGCAAUUGAACAGCGUGGAACAGAGUGGCCUGAAGAGUGGCCCAAGAGGCUUGAAACUUUUCCUGACUGGAUGAAUAAUAAGGAUAAACUGGUUGCUGACACUAACCACUGGAAAGCUAUUGUCGAGAAGUCUUAUCUCACUGGGAUGGGUGUAGACUGGGCCAAUGUCCGGAAUGUAAUGGACAUGAAAGCGAUUUAUGGAGGAUUUGCAGCAGCUCUCUCCCAACAAAAGGUGUGGGUGAUGAAUGUGGUCCCCGUGCACGCUCCAGAUACACUGCCUUUCAUAUAUGAACGUGGUCUUGUCGGUAUUUAUCAUGAUUGGUGUGAGUCAUUUGGUACUUAUCCAAGAUCAUAUGAUCUUUUGCAUGCUGAUCAUCUCUUCUCAAGGCUCAAAAACAGGUGUAAGCAGCCGGUGGCUAUUGUGGUUGAAAUGGAUCGAGUCUUGAGGCCUGGAGGUUGGGCGAUUAUACGCGACAAGGUCGAGAUACUUGAUCCGCUGGAAGGUAUAUUUAAAAGCCUGCACUGGGAGAUUCGGAUGACUUUUUCAAAGGAUAAGGAGGGUAUCAUCUGCGCGCAAAAAACCACAUGGCGACCAUGAGGGCACGAUUAAAUAAUCAACAUUCACUCUAGGACAGUAGAAACACAGAUUGCCCCAUACCAUAAAUCCCUGGCCAUACUUUUUUCAUCUUAGAAAUCGAUGUCGAAGGCGAAUUUUGCUCCCACUGUAUAGAAGAGGAGUGAUGCCGCCGUGAUUUGUCGCGGCAUAGCAUCGCUUGUUCUUGUUUAACAUGAUCUCAUGCAUAUGUUCCCUUUUUUUUUUCUUCCUUCUGGGGUCUCACAUCUUCUGGGUUUUCAUGGCAAUGAUGAUUGAGUUCACUGCCACUGAACUGUACAUUAAAAAAUUCAUGAGAUGAUCUUAUCUGGACACAUUUUGCUUCUAAA